AGAUGUCCAUGUAGUGGGAUUACAAACAAUGAAUGGAUCUCUUGGCAUAUCAAUAACUGAAAUUGAACAUGGGAAUGAAGAUGAAGUAGCCAGUUUCAUUGUUAUUCCAAAGGAAGCUUUGAUAAAAACAAAUGGAACAUUUGUACACACAUUCUGUUUUGGAAAAGGCUAUUAUUUUAUGAAACGUCAGCAUAUGAAACCACCAAGCAUAACAAGUGGACAAAACAGCCUUAGGUUGCAAAGCAGUGUUUUUUCUGCAACUAUUGGGAACAAGACUGUGUCAAACUUAGAGAAUCCUGUAAAGAUAUCAUUUAGGAAGGCAUCAAACUAUAUUGGCAACGAAACUUGUCAAUACUGGGACUUUAAUAAAGGUAACUUUAAACUUUGUGUCUUUCCCUUUCCUUACCUCACCACGUAUUUUACACCCACCAGUGUAAGAGAUCCAUUUUCCCAUAUUAUCUCAGACUAUGUAACUUAUUACUUAUUUGGUGUUAUUAAUUCAAAUUUUAAAAACAGAUGAUUGGUCGCAAGAAGGCUGUACUACACUACCCUCUGCGACAGGAGACUUUGUAACAUGUCAAUGCAAUCAUUUGACAAACUUCGCAUUAAUCUUAAACAUCAACCAAGACUUCAAUAAUCCGCUCACGCUGAAAUUGAUUACAUGGAUAGGUUGUGGAAUAUCUAUUGCAGCUUUGUCGAUGACUAUUUUGGUUUUCGUUCUUGUCAGAAAAUAUCGCCAGAACCUUUCAUCUAAAAUAUUGGUGUGUUUAUGUUUAUCUCUACUCAUUACGAUGGUAAUUUUUCUGGUUGGGGCUGAAAGAACGUCUUCAAGGUCAACUUGUCAAGUCAUAUCAGGAUUGAUGCAAUAUUUUCUCUUGGCAACAUUUUGUUGGACAGCUGUUGAAGCUUUUAAUCUUUACAUGAAUUUUGUGGUGAUAUUCCAUGCUUCUAAACAUGAAAAUGGACUGUUCCAUAGAUUGGCCAGUAUUGCUUGGUGCACACCUCUUGUGGUUGUGAUUAUUACAGUUGGAGCAGGUUCUGAUGAGCUGGGUAAUGAUGAUUUGUGUGUUGUCCAUGGGUAUGCAUUCUUCUUUGGCUUGCUUUUACCCAUAUGUCUCAUUUUAAUGGGAAACGUGAUAGUAUUGAUUUUUGCUCUGAGAGGAAUGAGGACACCGAAAACAAUCAAAGGAGUAAAAGAUAGACAUGAACGCAUUCUACAGCUGUGGAGAGUCUUUGUAUGUUCAACAAUACUUGGCUUGACAUGGGCAUUCGCUGUUUUAGCCAUUGGUGACUUAAGAGACAUUUUUCAAUAUUUGUUCUCGAUUUUUAAUUCAUUACAAGGCUUUAUAAUAUUUCUUAUCUUUGUGAUUGCCCAUAAGGAUAAAAGAAAGGAGAUCUUGAAAGUGCUUUCGAUGAGGUCAUAUGGAGGACACAGACAUUCAAUGUCAGUUAAAAGUUCUUCUUCUGGUGAGUAAAAUUGUUAUUGCAAGUUUUAGUAAGUAACUAGAAAGAGGAUUCUAUUUAU